UCGUGUGACAGGCACACCGGAUGUUGCGUGACAGUAAAAGAAAUGCCACCUCACAAAGACCCUUCUGUGAAGCUCCGCUUGUUAAUACCAGUGCAGCCAUCAGAAAGUGUUCAACCUCCACGGCCAUGUAUCUUCUACUGGCCUCGAAUUUACUGUGCUUAUGCUUCACUUCAUCCAGUGGAGCACAAUCACGUUAUCGACAGCGAAUUCUUGUUCUCGGAGGUGACGGAAUGCUAGGAAGCGAGACGGUGGCUCGGUUGAAGCUGAGAGGACACGACAUCACAAUCGCGCAUCGAGGGACGUGGUACUGGGACUCUGCUCUUAGAAUCAAACCUUGGGUCAAAUUCGUGCCUUGCGAUCGAGCUAAGUUUAACGAUUGCGCUGAAAGACUUGGAGAUGUUACACAAGAGAAAGGCAUGUUUGAUGUGGUGUUCGACUUUAGUGGUUACAGAUCUAGUGAUAUUAAGGAUUUUAUGCUCAAGAUGCGUAGCAGGAUUCGUCGUUACAUUUACAUCAGCACUGAUUCUGUGUAUGAGGUUUGCGAGGAACCUUCCCACGAGGGACCCACGCGUGAGGACGAUGCCAAGCGCCCAGAGGAUCCGAAGACAAGGGAGGCCUAUAGUCAGAAGGACCCUUAUGGAAGUGCAAAGCUGGAUUGUGAAGAGGUUCUCAGAAGAGAACACGAACUAUGGAACAUUCCUUUUAUGAUUAUUCGCCUUCCUGACGUCAUUGGAAUGCGAGACAACACCGAUCGCUUCUGGCGCUAUCUCCUUUGGAUGCGUUUCCACGACAUCUUUGACAAACCUUUAGAACUGCCAAAGAGUCUUCAAAACAAGCCGCUCAGUUUCGUCUUUGCCGAAGAUGUAGCAAAUCUCUUGAUUGUCCUACCUGAGUACGACGAGAACGUAUACAACUUCGCUUACAACCUAGCCUUCCGCGAGACUGCAACGCUGGAGGAAUUUCUCCAAAUUACGGCGAAGCAUCUUGGUGUUUCUGACGUAAAAUUUGACAAGUCUAGCGAGCGAGGAACGUAUUAUUACCCCUCGGUGACGCGCGGACCGGUAGAUAUUGAAAUGGCGUGGAAUUAUCUUCGCUGGAAUCCGCACACACUCGACAAAGCUAUUAGGAAGACAGUUCAAUUUUACGAGUACGCGAUGCGUUCAGAAGAUUUUAAAGAGAAAAGAAAGGCAAUCCUGGACAGUUUGCCUGUACCUGGUCAUGCCAUGGAAGCGUUUAAACAACGGCUAAAAGAGGUCUACGGCUUGGACUACGAUAGACCAGCAGAUGUCAAGGACGAGUUAUAACCAUUAAAGUACCUACGGAAUCCUAGUCUAGGGAGUUUUCUAUGUAACAGACUUAACAGCACGCAAUUACGUGUAGCCCCACUUUCCAAGCAUAAGCUGUUGCGCUAGUCGACGCCCACACCGCUACGUGCAUUAAUGAUAAUUUAAGGCUGUAUGCAGAGGUGUAUGUGCUGUUGAAAGGCUGAACAGAAGUAAUAAAAGAUUUUUACGGCAGGUAACUCCCUGUAACAAACUGGAUAUCUCUAUUUUAUUGGAACCACUUAGUCUAACUCCAGACUUUAAGAUACAAUGGCCGGUAAUAUAAGUUUGCUAUCCUUAUUUUUUUAUAACAAGUGCAGAAGGUUCGACUUAAACUUGAAUUAUUUGAGAACGAUUACACAAAAAGAAAGUCGAUGAACAAGCACAGGUACGAAAUUACAUAACGAACCGCAUAGAUCAGAACAACCGGAACUACCGUUUAACUAUGAGAUAAAUCUUCCGCUUUAUCAAUUUAAUCGAACACAAAAUUUGAACAGUAAUGUGAUCAAUUCUGACAAUAAGAGGGCCAAGUUACACAAUGUUAAGGCAACUUUUCCGUCCCUAACAAUUGAACCUAAUAAGCUGAAGGAGAUUAGGAAAUGUUGGUGUACUGGUGUACACCAACAAAAAAAAAAA